AGCACACGUAUACUCUCUGUUCCGUCGUCGUAUCCACCCACGCAAUACAUUGGUCAGACAAAUCGUCAACAUGGAUCUUGACAGUUCUCACAAGUAAUCCAUCGCUGAUGUAGGCAAAAGGUUGAAGUUUUUGUAAUUAGGAAGCAAUAUGUACCGGCGUCAAUAAAAAAAAACAAAUCAUCCCAGUAUCUGAGAAACCGUAAAAAUGCUUUACCGCACGUACAGCAUUCUCACAUUCAUUCGUGGUAAUGCCGGUUCUAUUUAUAAUGACCAAUUCUUUGAAUUGAGAAUCGGUUUUGUAAAAAGAUACGCCAGCAUUCAGAUAACACCCAGAUUCAGUGUAUCUUCUAAAGCUGUGGCACCCUCGGAUCAUCACAGAAUUUUCACUAGAAAAAGUCUCAACAACGUUGAAAAAUUUCGAUGGAUUUGUUCAAGAAACUUGGCAACUGACAGCAAGUCCAAAAAUGAUGGGAUUCUUGCUCAACAAACAGAAACUGUGAAAGUACCUUUGCAACAAAAGAUUGUUGAGCUCAAUGGUGAAAAGCUAGGAAAAUUGAAAGAACGGAUUCUCAGUACCCAAAUGCUGGAGGCUGAUAAGCAAUCUUUGGAGACAGAGGCAAAAAAAGUGAAAAGUAGCGAUAAGAUUAAGACGGAAACCGGUGAUGAUGCUCCACAGACAGAAGAAAUGGCAAUGAAGGUUAAGAGAAAAAGAGUUGAUCUCUCAGCUUCAUCGCUCGAAAGGAAUUUUAUAACACCGGUUCGAGCCAUGUCCGAUUUCAUGCUGAAGCCUGCAGACCUUGAAACUUUACCAAAGACUAAAAGAAGAUCACCGUAUGAGUAUAUGCCACCGAUCACCGUCUAUUGGCGCAAAGAUGUUGAAGCUAAGGCCGUCGAAGUUUGGGGCUCUCGUGAAUCAUUGCUGAAAGAACUUUUGAAAAAAGAAUUGGAGUUGAAGACCUAUCAGCAAAAUGUUUUCACUGUCAAGAGACGAUUACGCGAUUACAGACGGGAAAUAGGAAACAAAACUGAAGCGGUUAAUGAAAACGAAGGACUUUUCGGCAGGUCCGGAAGAGUUGUUCUGACCGCAAUUAUAAUAAAUGCGAGUAAUUUUCUGUUCAAACUCUUCGCUUGGCUGUAUACAGGAUCUCAUAGCAUGUUUUCCGAGUGCAUUCACUCUGCGGCUGACACCUGCAACCAACUGAUAUUAGCGUACGGUAUUCACAAGUCCGUCCAGAAUCCCGAUCCGGAUCAUCCUUACGGCUACACAAACAUGAAAUACGUAUCGUCGUUGAUAUCCGGUGUCGGAAUAUUUUGCGUGGGUACAGGACUCUCGAUGUACCAUGGAAUUCACGGACUUCUCUUCCCCAAUCCAGUGGAAUCGUUCUAUUGGGCUUAUUUCAUUCUCGCCGGUUCCCUCGUAUCCGAAGGAGCGACUCUUCUCGUAGCAAUAAAUUCGAUAAAAAAAGGAGCUCUCGAGAAACGAGAAAAAUUCAAAGACUACGUGCUUUCCGGACAGGAUCCUUCAGUCAACGUCGUUCUAAUGGAAGAUUUAGCAGCCGUCAUCGGGGUCACACUUGCCGCAACUUGCAUGGGACUGACCUCGUUUCUCGGCAACCCAGCUUUUGACGCAAUCGGUUCUCUCCUUGUUGGUGGAUUACUCGGGGGCGUUGCUUCUUUCAUUAUUUACACGAAUGUUGCUGCUCUCAUCGGCCGAAGCAUACCCCAAGAAAAUCUCGAUAAAAUCAACGCAGAACUUGAGUCCGAUAUAAUGGUCCGUGCGAUUUACGACGUCAAGGGGAUCGACAUGGGCAAUAGUCUCGUGAGGUAUAAAGCCGAGGUCGAUUUUGAUGGUCGAGAACUGACGAGAUCUUAUCUCGAUAAACACGAUUUGAACGCUAUGCUAGAGGAAGUGAGAAAUAUGAAAAACAUCGACGAACUCGAGAUGUUUUUGCUCAAACAUGGAGAAAAUAUCGUUGACAUGAUGGGCGGUGAAAUCGACAGAAUCGAGUUGAAGCUUAAGAAAAAUCAUCCAGAGAUACGGCACUGUGACCUCGAAGUCUUAUGAAGAGGUGAAAACCACUAGGCGGUUGUAAUGUAAAUAAUUAUUUAUAAUGCAGUAUAUUUAACGAAAAAAAAAACAUAAUGAUGAACGCUACCCUGAAAUGGCGCUGUAACCGAAACGUUUAUGGCGACGAUAAAUGAAGGAACCGAGAACAUGCUUCAUUUUCUGAUUUUACUUUGCUUCGAUAAUAAAUUUAUUCAUUAUGGGAUGUGCGAGAAAUCGUCAUCGCUAAAAGAA